UUAUCAUUUCCUAUUACAGGAAGGAGCAGACGCACAGCAGACAUCAAACAGCAGAAGCAUGGCCAGCAAUAUCUCCCAGCCGGCCGUGCAGCUCUGCUAUGAGAAUGUGAAUGGAUCUUGCGUUAAAGUUGCCUAUUCACCUGGAUCUCGCGUGAUUCUCUAUGCCGUGUUUGGCUUGGGCUUCCACUUGUGCUUCAUUUCCAUCGACAGGUACAUUGCUGUUACUGACCCUCUGGUCUAUCCAACUAAGUUCACAGUGCCUGUGUCUGGAAUGUGCAUCAGCAUCUCCUGGGUCCUGCCCAUUCUGUACAGUGGGGCCGUGUUCUACACGGGGGUCAGUGACGACGGGAUGGAAGAUCUAGUAAGUGCUCUCAGCUGUGUAGGUGGCUGUCAGGUUGUUGCAAAUCAAGAUUGGGUUUUGAUACAUUUUCUGUUAUUCUUCAUACCAACCCUUGUGAUGGUAAUUCUUUACAGUAAGAUUUUUCUUGUAGCUAAACAGCAAGCUAUAAAAAUCGAAACUACUGGUAGCAAAACAGAAUCAUCUUCAGAGAGUUACAAAGCUAGAGUGGCCAAGAGAGAGAGAAAAGCAGCAAAAACUCUGGGGGUCACAGUGAUAGCCUUCAUGAUUUCAUGGUUACCAUACAUAAUUGAUUCAUUAAUUGAUGCUUAUAUGGGCUUCAUAACACCUGCUUAUAUUUAUGAGAUUUGCUGUUGGAUUACUUAUUAUAACUCAGCCAUGAACCCUUUGAUUUAUGCUUUUUUUUACCCUUGGUUCAGGAAAGCCAUAAAGCUUAUUUUAAGUGGAAAAAUUUUAAAGAAUAGUUCAUCAACCAUUAGUUUAUUUUCAGAGUAAGUGUUAAGUACUAAGUAGAGAAAAUUAUGGACAUUUCUAA